AUGGCAGAGACAAACGGCGUCUUCAGACAGGAAAUGCGCAGAGUGCCUCCGGGCGAGUUCGCGCGCCCAAACAGAAAAACUAACGGCUCCGGCGUUCAGGCCGAGGACACCAGAAUCUGCGUCGUCAUGGUCGGCUUGCCCGCGCGCGGCAAGAGCCUGAUUGCCACCAAAGUCGUGCGAUACCUCCACUGGCUCUCCAUCGGCGCCAAGACCUUCAAUGUCGGUCAGUACCGCCGCACCGCCACGCCCACACCCUCGGCCGACUUCUUCGACACGGGAAAUCCGGAGGGCGAGCGCCUGCGCAAGGCCGCCGCCGAGGCGGCCGUCAGUGACAUGGUCAAAUGGUUCAAGCAGGGCCUGGGCGUCGUUGCCAUCCUCGAUGCCACCAACAGCACCAAGAGCCGCCGUCGCUGGAUCCAGCAGCGCUGUGAUGAAGAAAACAUUCACACCUUGUUCGUCGAGUCGAAAUGUGACGAUGAGGAGCUCAUAAUGCAGAACAUCCUGGAGGUCAAGACCACCAGCCCGGAUUACAAGGAUCAGGACCCCGAGCUCGCCGCUCAAGACUUCCGCAAUCGCAUCCGCAACUACGAGAAAGUCUACGAGACGAUUGACGAGGACGAGUACAGUCUGACCUACGUCAAGCUCAUCGACGUCGGUAAACAGGUCAUUAUCAACAAGAUCCAGGAUUACCUGCAGAGUCGUGUUGUGUACUACCUAAUGAAUCUCCACAUCAAGCCGCGGUCGAUCUGGCUGUCACGCCACGGCGAGUCGAAAUACAACCUUUCCGGCAAAAUCGGAGGCGAUGCCGACAUCUCGGAACGCGGCGAGCUAUACGCGCGGAAGCUCCCUGAGCUGGUCAAACAAUCCGUGGGCGACGGGCGGAAGCUUACUGUCUGGACAUCGACACUGAAGCGCACCAUCCAGACGGCGCGGUUCCUGGAGUUUGAGAAGCUGGAGUGGAAGGCGCUGGAUGAGCUUGAUUCGGGUGUGUGCGACGGUCUGACGUACGCUGACAUCGAGGAGCGGUAUCCGGACGACUUCAAGCAGCGCGACGAGGACAAGUACAACUACCGCUACCUUGGCGGUGAGAGCUACCGUGACGUCGUCAUUCGUCUCGAGCCCAUCAUCAUGGAGCUGGAGCGCUCGGAGAACAUUCUCAUCGUCACCCACCAGGCCAUCCUUCGCUGCAUCUACGCCUACUUCAUGAACGUCCCCCAGGAGCGCAGCCCUUGGAUGGAGGUUCCGCUGCACACGCUCAUCAAGCUCACGCCCAAGGCAUACUCGACUCAGGAGCAGAGGCUAAAGGCGGAUAUCCCUGCUGUCAGCACGUUCAGAUCGAAGGGCAGCAGCGCAAAGCAUCAGGAGGCUUCGGAUGCUCCUGGAACGCCCGAGUCGAAUCCCGCGUAA